CCCUAUGUCCACCAGUCAUCGUCUCUGUCAUCUCUUUCUUGCUCCUCACUCUUCUCCAAUGGCUUCAGCUAUGAUGGAGGACAGUUUCGAAGACGAUCAGCUGGCCUCAAUGACCACCGACGACAUCAUCAGGGCCUCUCGCCUCCUCGACAAUGAGAUCCGGAUCCUCAAGGAUGAGUUACAGCGGACGAAUCUCGAGUUGGAAUCCUUCAAGGAAAAGAUAAAGGAGAACCAGGAAAAGAUAAAACUUAACAAGCAGCUCCCUUAUCUCGUUGGUAACAUCGUCGAGAUUUUGGAGAUGAAUCCAGAAGAUGAGGCCGAGGAAGAUGGUGCAAAUGUUGAUCUAGACUCACAAAGAAAGGGAAAAUGUGUUGUUCUAAAAACUUCUACACGACAAACUAUCUUCCUUCCUGUUGUUGGAUUAGUCGACCCUGAUAAGCUUAAACCUGGAGAUUUGGUUGGGGUUAACAAGGACAGCUACCUAAUCUUGGACACCCUUCCUUCGGAAUAUGACUCACGAGUAAAGGCAAUGGAGGUUGAUGAAAAGCCAACUGAAGAUUACAAUGAUAUUGGUGGCCUUGAGAAGCAGAUCCAAGAACUUGUUGAAGCCAUUGUGUUGCCAAUGACACACCAAGACCGGUUUCAGAAAUUAGGGAUUCGUCCACCUAAAGGAGUGCUUUUGUAUGGACCACCUGGAACAGGGAAGACACUGAUGGCUCGUGCAUGUGCAGCACAGACAAAUGCUACUUUUCUGAAGCUAGCAGGACCCCAACUCGUUCAGAUGUUUAUUGGUGAUGGUGCAAAACUUGUUCGUGAUGCCUUUCAGCUUGCAAAGGAAAAAUCUCCCUGUAUAAUUUUUAUAGAUGAGAUUGAUGCAAUUGGAACAAAGCGAUUUGAUAGUGAAGUGAGUGGAGACAGGGAAGUGCAACGGACAAUGUUGGAAUUACUUAAUCAACUUGAUGGUUUUAGCAGCGAUGACCGAAUAAAGGUCAUAGCAGCAACCAAUCGUGCUGACAUUCUUGAUCCUGCUCUUAUGCGCUCUGGUCGUUUAGAUCGCAAAAUUGAGUUCCCUAAUCCAUCUGAAGAAGCAAGAGCUCGGAUAUUGCAGAUACACUCUAGGAAAAUGAAUGUACACCCUGAUGUCAACUUCGAAGAGCUGGCUCGAUCAACAGACGAUUUCAAUGGGGCACAACUGAAGGCAGUUUGUGUAGAGGCUGGCAUGCUCGCUCUGCGUCGAGAUGCAACCGAGGUGACACAUGAAGAUUUCAAUGAAGGGAUUAUCCAAGUCCAGGCCAAGAAGAAAGCCAGUUUAAAUUAUUAUGCUUAAUAGUUUGUGUGGGCUUCCUUGUACUGAUGCAGUUGAAUAAAAGUUAUGUUCUAAAAUGUUAAUUUUCUAGGAUUUCUCCAACGGUCUUUGUUUAGAAUACUUUUUAUCAUGAAGCAUCGUAAAAAUAUCAAGAUGUAUCGUCAAAUGUUGUCUUACUUUGUGCUUUAUUGGGGCCCUAAUUUAUCACGGUUGUGCUGACACACCCUAAGCACGUUGCUUUGUUUGAUACAUAGAUUGUAGUUCAGUCUGUGGGACCACCCUGUAUGCCUAGAAAUGAUUAUUGAUGGAUGAACUGAAUUUCCAUCAGUCAUGUAUAUAUAAAUUGACUUGGUUUUCGUU